UUUCCAGUUAAAGGAAUAUCAUGUCGCAGAUCGGGUCCCAAUUUUCUUAGCUUUUGGAAUUUUUUUUACCCUUUAGAUUCUAAAUUGUCUGUAAACUUUUGGGACUAAAUUGAAAGAUAAGAUGUUAAAGCGAGCCUCGCUGGCUUUGAGCCACUACCCCAAUGCUUGUUGCCGUCCCUGCAAAUUUUGCAGGAGCAUACGGAUGUAUCAUGUGAAAAAAAUCGACGAGAAUCUUCAGGCUGCUCACAAAUCUAACCAGGAUUAUUGGAAGCCGCUGCUUAAGCUGCAAAGCCACUUGAUUUCCCAGGAAGGUACAAGUGAUAUUCCUUACCAUCGACCCGAUCAGCCCAUGCGAUGUGCCUUCCUGGGGGAUCUCAAGCUGCAGCUGGAGCGGAGAAUCCUGGAAAAACAGUGUCACGAUCUUAAGACGUCCUUGAAGCGGGAAAUUCUUACCGAAACGGCCAGCGCCGCCGAAGGUUCCGGUGGGUGUUGCGAAGAAGGCAAGAGUGUUGAAAAAAAGAAGCACAAGAAGCGUGGCAAGGGUGGUGGAAAGAAGGGCGAUGAUGGCGAGGACGACAUAAAGAAGCUAAAAAAGACGUGCAAGAAGAUACGGAAGAAGAAAAUGCUCAAAAAGUGCAAAGAACAGGCCGCGGCGAAAAAGUGCAAGAAAAUGGAUCAGGUUAAAGAAUGCCAGAAAAUGGAAGAAAUGGAGCAGUGCAUUAAGUGCGUCAGAAAAGAAAGAGGAGAAAGUGAGGUGGAGGAUGACGACGAAUGUUGUGAGGAGGAAAAGAAAUGCCCAGACGAGGAGGAGGAGAUGGAAAAGAUGAACAAAGAAAUCCAGAAAUUAGCGGAUCAAUUGAACUGUGAAAAGAUGGCCAAAAUAGAGGCAAUCAAAAAAGCAUGUCGCGAGCAGAAAUAUAGAGAAGAAUGCGCAAGGUUGGCAGAAGAGGCCAGAAAGAAAGCAGAAGAGGAAAGAAAGCGGGCCGAAGAGGAGGAAAGAAGAAGGGCCGAAGAGGAGGCCAAAAAGGGUCCCGAAGAAGAUCUUUGCCAACUAAAGAAGCAGUGUGCCGAAUUGGCCAAGGAGCAAAGAAUCAAAGCGAAGGCCAAUCAGAAAAAACUCAAGGCCAUGGCCGAAAGGGCAAAGGCCAAAAAAAUGAAAGAGCAGUGCAAAAAGAUGGUCGCAAUUGAAAAAUGCCGAAAGAAGGCCAAAAAGGAAAAGGCCGACAUGGAGAAGGCCGAAUGCGAAAAGGCCGCAAGGGAGGAGGCGGCCAGGCUUAAAGCCGCCCAAGAAGCUGCGCAGGCAAGACUGAAGGCCGAAAGCGAAUCUAGGGCCAAAAUAGCAUUAUGCGAAAAGCUCAAUAAGAGGCAAGAGCCGAAAAAAGUUGACAUAUGCGAUAAAUACAAAUUCGAAGAAGCACUCGAGGAAUGCGAGGACGAUGUUAUUGAAACCGCACAGUCGAUCAAAACGGAGGUAAAAGAUGAAAUCAAACAAGAGGUCAAGGGGCAGAUCAAAAAGGAGGUUGCUGGAUCCACUCCUCCCCCAUCUCCGCCACCACCCAAGGCCGCAAAUCCACCCUCUCCACCACCCAAGGCCGAUCCCAACGGACUCUUCCAGAUUUGCAAAAAGCUAGCCGAAAAUAAGCUAAGACAAAAGAAAAAGGAGAUCAUGAAGCUGAAAGCCAAAUGCAAAAAAAUUACGUUAAAGGAACAAUGCGAGUGUGAAAAAAAAGCAAAGAAGGCCAAAGAUCUAGAGGAGUACUGUAAGAAAGCAGAACAAAAGAAGAAAUAAAUGUUUUUUAAGUACCACGGCUUUAAA